AUGUGUCUCACUAAAGAUCCCAUGUUUUGGCUGUCAUGUUAUUCUUGUUCAGCCUUUUCUAUUUCCAAUAACAGUGGUGAAAUCAGAAUUGAAUCUGAUAAUCUUGACCGAGAAGAUCCUGUAAUUGAUAAACUGAAUGGCGUCUGUACUGUUGAAAUAAAGGUGGAGUACAGUAAAUUCAGUCUUAGCUUGAAAACUUUGGAUGGUAAACCAUUCACUGCUCUUAAAGUUAUUCCAGUAGAAUCAGUAACAGAAACAACUAUAGCUCUGAGUGUUAAUAAUCCUGAUGAACUUGAUUAUGAAAAGGAGAAACAAAUGACAUUUAAGAUUGUUGCUGAAGAUAAAGCUUCAUCUAAAACCAGUGAAGCUAAUGUUACUCUGGAAAUAUUGCCUGUGGAUGAAUUUCUUCCCCAAUUUUCUCAGCAAAGAUAUCAAGUAAAUGUCUCUGAAGAAAAAACUGUUGCUAAUCUGAUCACCAUAACAGCUACUGAUGAUGAUUCAGGCAAAGAUGGAGAAGUGACUUAUGCAAUAUUUGGUGACAAUAAUUUCACUAUAGACAGCAAAAGUGGUACUAUAUCAGUCUUAAAGAAGUUGGAUUAUGAAAAAGUAACUUUUUAUAGUUUACUUGUUGAAGCCACUGAUGGAGGUAAUCGAAAAGCGACUGUUGAUUUAGAUGUUUUUGUGAAGGGCAUUAAUGAUAAUGCCCCUAUAUUCAGACCAAAAUUCUAUACUGGACUUCUGAAAGAGGGCAAAACCAGUUUUGAGUAUGAAAUCACUGUUCAAGCAACUGAUGCUGAUAAAGAGAAUUCAGGUAAUUCUCAAGUAAAAUAUUCAAUAGUAAAUGCUAGUCAAGUCCUUUCAAACAGUUUUUCCAUAAAUGCACAAAAUGGAAUUAUUACUCCAUCAAAUAUAGAUUAUGAAAGCCUGACUGAUAAUGUCAUCCAGUUAGUAGUCAAAGCUGAAGAUAAUGGUAAACCAGUCAAGGAAGAUACUGCUGUUGUUAAUAUCACUGUAUUGCGACCUGAAUCACCUGGAGCUGCCAACAGCAAUGAAAAGAAUUUCACAAGUAUUACUACAGUCACUGUGGUGUUGGUUUUCAUAUUCAUCAUUACGAUGCUUCUGUCUCAUGCAGAUAAUCAGAGGAACUCUGUGUUCUUCCUUUUCCUUCGAAUUGUAUGCAUAGGUUCAACCCCCUGUAACAGUGUUGCUCUUAGGGUUGCUAUUGCUGUGUCUUUGAAUGGUUUGCCAUUUCUGGGUAUUAACCAGGAUAGACCUUCAUCAUGUCCUAGCAUUUGCAAAGAUAUUCCAGGGAAUAAGAGCAGCUAA